AUGUCAAUUGUAUGUCAGACUUUAUAUACAGUGAUAGUAUUGUCUAUAUCUAACGCCAGACAAAGUACAGUGAAGUGUAGAAUCGUGAUAGACUAUUCGGAGCUGGCCGGAGAAGCGGAGAGCAACAAACACAAUAUACUCAAGUUCCUGAACGAAACGAGAGUUCAGAGGAAGUAUAAAACGCUUUUCGAUUCGUUAUUAAAGAAAUUGACAGCGUACGCGGAGUCCAUUAGAAGAGAUUCAACAAGGCGAAUUGUUUCCGGAGUGAACACUUCAAUAGCAGCGGUACCCUGGCAAGUGUCGUUGAGGGAAAAGACGUACCCCAUAUGUGGCGGGUCUGUAAUCACCGAACUCUGGCUGCUGACCGCCGCGCACUGCCUCUUGCGACCUCAACCAAAGGACCUAAGUGUUCGCCUUGGGUCUUCAUGGAAAACCCACGGAGGGGAGAUGUAUGACGUGAAGGAGUCCUAUGUCCACCCGCAAUACUCCAGGAAUACGAAAGUGAAUGAUGUAGGUCUGAUCAAACUGUACUCUCCGCUUCGUUUCUCAGCAAGAGUUCUCCCAAUCGGAAUGGUGGAUAAGAAUACAAGGAUUCCAGCAGACCGGGCUGCCAUAGUUUCUGGAUGGGGAAGACUGAGAGAAGGUGGUCCAAGUGCAAUGUUCUUACAAUCGUCGACUGUAAUGACAAUUGCUAUGAAACUGUGCCGCAACUCCGGUCUCGACAGAAACCCGAUAGAUCCUGCCUCCAUGUUCUGCGCUGGAUCUUUUACCCAGCCUUCGCCUGAUGCUUGUCAUGGUGACAGCGGAGGGCCUUUAGUCAGAGAAGGCGUUCUCAUCGGUGUGGUCUCGUGGGGACUCGGUUGUGCACGCGGCAACUUCCCCGGCGUCUACACUCGUCUCUCCAGCCCUGUCAUAUGGGAUUGGAUAUAUGGACACAUCAUGAAGACGUGA